CUGAAGGGACAGUGCAGCUCUUAAGGCAAGAGGCGACCUCACUGCGCAUGCUCCUUGGGUGCCUCCUUAGUGCGCAUGUUCAUUGGGCGCCUUGCCAUUGGCCCUUCGCCCACCCGGGAGCUGUGAUCCUGCACCUCGGGUCCCUGAGGUCUGGAUUCUUUCUCCCCUACUGAGACGCAGCCAGUAGGUCCACAGGCCGAUCCAACUGGGAGUUGAAGUACUGAAAUAUGAGUUGGCAAGGAAGAAGAUAUAGACCAAGACGAUGUUUACGACUUGCUCAGCUGGUUGGGCCUAUGCUUGAGCCCAGUGUGCCAGAGCCUCAACAAGAAGAACCACCAACUGAAAGUCAGGAUCAUACACCUGGUCAGAAGAGAGAAGAAGAUCAGGGUGCAGCUGAGAUUCAAGUGCCUAACCUGGAAGCUGAUCUCCAGGAGCUGUCUCAGUCAAAGACUGGGGAUGAAUGUGGAGAUAGUCCUGAUGUCCAGGGGAAGAUUCUGCCAAAAUCAGAGCAAUUUAAAAUGCCAGAAGGAGGAACCUACAACAUUCAGACCGUACAUUCAGACCAUUCCCGCAGUGAAGCCUUGAAUGACUGAAUAAUAAAAUGGAAAGAGACAGUCAAGUUUUUGUGGCCCAUGAAGUAGGGAACAUGCAUGUAGGUCAGUGAUGCUCAAAAUGGUUGGAAGAUGCCUGCGCUAAGCAUGCUCCCUACCCUUCUGUCAAUCGUCAUGAGCUACUGUGUGUAAUUAGAUUGAAGACACAUAUGGUAACCUCUAAACAUAUCAGAG